CGGAGCAGCAGCAGCGUGAGUUUGUCUUGGAGUUUGCGUCCCGGGGGAGAAAAAGUGGAAGAAAUAAUUCUUCCAGGAGACACUUCUUUGCUGCUGCUGCUGAGGGACACAGCACAAAUUGCCGUUUUCAAGUCCCCCUCUGCAGGACUAAAAAAGCUGUUUUGGUUUCAAGAGCCUUCUGCUGCUGCAGCAGCAGAAUUUGUUGCAGCAGCAAAAGAGAUCCUCAAGAGCUCUCGGCGCACAGCAGCAGCAGCAACAGCAGCAGGCCAGCAGCAGCAGCAGCAGCAGCAACAGCAGCCGCAGCAGCAGCAACAGCAGCAGCAAGAGGACCAGCUGCGGCAGCUGCUGCAGCAGCAAGAGGACCAGCUGCGGCAGCUGCUGCAGUCGUUUGCUGCUGGAGCAGCAGCAAGACACAGCAGCACAGAAUCAGGUAGCAGCAGCAAAAUGUCUCCUUUCUAUUUUUUGUCUCUCACUUGCUUCUGUUACUUUGCUGCUGCUACUGCUGCUGCUGCUGCUCUUGCUGCUGCUGCUGCUGCAAAAUCUGCUGCUGAGCCUGUUGCAACAUGUGCGGCUGCUGCUGCAGCUGUUGCAGCUUCUGCUGCUCCUGCUGCACCUACUGCAGCAUUUGCUGCUGAUAUUGCUGCACCUGUUGCAGCGUCUGCUGCUGCUUCUGCUGCUGCACCCGCUGCAACAUCUGCUGCUGCUGCUGCAGCAUCUGCUGCUGCUGCUGCAACAUCUGCUGCUGCUGCUGCUGCAACAUCUGCUGCUGCUACGGCAACAUCUGCUGCUGCUGCUGCUACAACAUCUGCUGCUGCUGCUGCUGCAGUGUCUCUUCGGGAAGUGCUGGACUCAGAGGCGAUUUCUUUGCUGCUGAACGAUGAAGAGGCGCUGCAGCAGCUGAUGGAGCUGCUGCCCGAGGGUUUUGCUUCUGCUGCUGAUGCUGCUGCUGCACUAAAAAGCCCUCAUUUGAAUUUGUCUCUUUUGUCUCUUUCCGAAGCAAUUCAAAGAGACCCCGGGGCCAUUCUCUCCUCCUUCGGCAUUACGUCGCCGCCUCCUCUUGCUGCUGACCCUCUAGAAUCAUUUGCUGCUGCACUUGAACAGAAGUUCGGCCCAGCAGCAGCAGCAGACACAGCAGCAGCAGCAGACACAGCAGCAGCAGCGCCAGCAGCAGCAGCAGCAGACACAGCAGCAGCGGACAAAGCAGCAGCAGCAGAAAACAGGCAAGACAUGGACCAAGACGGGCCCCAAGCAGAACAGAAGAAGGAAUAA